GAAACCACGUCUAACCGUCUGUACUUAGGGAAUCUUCCUCGCGACGUCACCAAACAUGAUGUUGAACGGCACUUCCAACCAAUCGGCGGAAUUUUUGAAAUCAGGCUCAUGAAUGGGUUUGGUUUCAUCGAGUACAACCAUGCUAUAGACGCACGAGCGGCUGUGACUACCCUCCAUGGCUCCGAAUUUAUGGGGGAACGUCUGGUUGUUAAUUUCGCCCGU